ACCCUCGGUCGUUUCAGAGCAAGCAUGACGUUGCCCAAAAUACCUCGUUUUUAAUGGUGACGCAAGGACGUAUAAAUCAGUUUUCUAAAAAGGAUCACCUGUCUUCAGGUGAUGUGUGGCGGUAUACGGGGGAAACAUACAGGAGAGACGUCAGCAUGUCCUCGCCCGGAUUUACUGACAUCUUCCAUUGUGAAGACACUCAGCAAUCAAAGGGGCCGUUCUCAUACACUGAUGAUGGGCUAAAUGAUAGUUUGGAUGGGAGUUCAACUGAGUUGACUGAUGUUUUUGAGGAGGAAUUCUGUGAGGGUGAUCUCUGGAUUCCUCCAAAUGAUGAUUUGACACACAAAAUUGCUGCCCAGCUGGAGAACUACCUUUCUGAUGAGAAUCUGGCAGAUGAUGCUUUUCUGCUAAAACAUGUCCAAAGAAACAAGAUGGGUUAUGUUAGUUUGAAGCUGCUGACAUCUUUCAAGAAGAUUAGAGAUCUCACGCGUGACUGGCGCACCACUCUGAUGGCUGCAAGAACGUCUCCGCAGCUGGAAGUGAAUGAGAUGGGAACCAAGGUGCGACGAAGGACUCCAGUACCCGAUUGGCUGCUGUGCAUUCCCACAAGCAAGCUACUUCUGGCCUGGAACUUCCUAGACGGUGUAGGUCAGGUCAAAGAUGAGGAAAACGGGUCACCGGGUGUGGAGCAGCUAGGCAUCAUGGAAGCCGCAAUGCGGGUGUUUUCCCCCUACGGCACCAUCUCAUCUCUCCGCAUUCUGCGGCCAGGAAAAGAGAUCCCUACGGAGUUGAAGCGCUAUACUAAGAAACACCUGGAACUGGGGCGCAAAGUGUGUGCUGUGGUGGAGUAUGAGUAUCUGGAGGGCGCGCGCAAGGCUUACGAAGCCCUGAAGGCGAAAGAGCAGCAGCAGGGAGGAAGGGGCGUUUGUGUGGUCCUGCUGGGAAGCCGUGGAACUCGUAAGGCAGGAUGGAGACAAGGUCUAGCGGAGGAAGAGUCUGAAGAAGGGAUUGACUAUGAGAGUUUGAAAAAGCCAAACAGAAAGUCUAAGCGCUUCCUUUAUUCUCUGGAGGAUUCGGCUGUUUGCAGCUCUUCAGAGUCUGAUUUUGCCCCUGCUUCGCCCCGGCCCAAUCGCAGGGUCUCCCGUCCUCAGGCCCUCUACGGCAGCCCCCUCGCCAUCCCGCGGAUAUCGACUUACCGCUCUGACCCUUACAGGAAUCCCCUUGGCAGCCCUGUAGGAAGCCCUCUCCUGCCUCGUAAGCUUUUUCCUUGCAGUCAUGUGACCUCUCCUCUGGCCACACUUCCUUUCAGCAGCUCGCCCACUGUAGCUGGAACAUCCUCCUUCGGCAGGUACAAGAGCUCGGGUGAGCUCUCCCCAGACGACUUGGGCUUCGCAAGCAGCCCUUGGGUUCAGAGACGUAAACAUGCUGCCCAGGUCAUUCAGCCUGAGAUGGGCGACUCUGUGUCGCCCAAUCAGAUAAUGAGGUCUUUAAGUCUCCUGGUUGUUCGCCAGCCUGUCGGCCCUGAUGGGACCAAAGGGUUUCAUAACUGCAUUGGUAGAGGGAAGGUGCGGCUGCCACACUGACUCCAUUAAAGAUGCAUUAUAAAGUCUUUUCUUUCCCACGAGUCUGUAUGAGAGCAGUGCAACAGAAGCACUUUUAAUGCAACAUGUUUAUUUGUCCUGUUAAUGAUCAUGGAAAGAAUGUAAUGUAAAAAAAAAGUGUCUAAUUAAAUAUUGAAAUAAAGAUGAAUUUGUACUCCAAGUUUAGUGAAUG